AUGGACUUCAUCAUCUGGGCCGUUUCUAGCCUCUUCCGCUGGAUGCGAUUGAAGGUCUACCAGUACGAGGUGACCUUCUCCCUCUACAUGCUUACUCCGAUCGAGAAGUUCAUAUUCAAUACCCUGCUCCUUGGUCUCGUCGGUAUGAUCGCCAUGGGAACUUAUAUCUAUCUCCCGGAUCACCUCCGCUCCAUCUACGGUCGUCUCUACUACUACUGGGCCGGCGAGCGUUUAUUCAGCUCCAGUCGGUUGUCAAUCAGCUCUGUCUUUGGCGAAAAUGGCGUGGCCACACAAAUCGGGGACAUGAUGUACGAGACGGCAAAGAAUGCCGCUGCCACUUCGACUGAGCGCAUGGCCGAACUGUGA